AUUGAAGACAUGUUUUUGUAGUUAAAGACAUCAAACAAAUUGUCUGCAAUUCGAGGCCUUUUCUCGUUCGACAUCUCGUCCUUCGACGCCAUCUUAAGUGACCAGAAAUACGAAGAAUCGGUGCGAAGAGAAACGCGGCGUUUGGUCUCAGAAUUGAUUCAAAAUUUAACACAAGAUUUUAGACGUAUUUAUGGCGACAAAGUAGUGGUCGCAGUGUUUCAACAACGAAGACAAUCACCUCAUUUGGUCCGCAAUACCAGAGAUACCAAGUGGUCGCAGUGUUUCAACAACGAAGACAAUCACCUCAUUUGGUCCGCAAUACCAGAGAUACCAAGAGGCGCGCAGGCGUUGCACAGCGAGUGCUCGCAAUUUGAUACACUUUUGCUGACAAACGGAGCGUUUAGUUGUAUUCAGAGUUGUAUUCAUUGA